AUGAGCUCUGCCGUCGAAUCUGAUAUUCCGGGCCACGCCAAAGAAGUACUGCCCCCAAGCGACCUUCAAAAAACGAGCAGUUUGCCAGCGGCAGAAUCUUCAAAAAGCCAUACCGGUACCUCCUCUUCAGAUACCCCCAAUCUGAGAGUGAAAAGACCGAUUUCGCCCGGUGAAGCAAACGGCGAGGGCAAUAAAACAGCCCGUUUGGACGAUGAUGAUCUCAGCAACCUGUCACAUGCAAUCAAAUCCUCGAAAUACGUGAAAAACCCGUCGUCGGUGUACAAAGAAACUGCCCUGGAGGUCCCGGCAUGGAUGAAGAGUAAGCUCCAGAAUGACGGUGCUCACAAAUACGACAAAUAUGGCCAGCGGGCAACCCACGAUGACCCGUACGCCAAAUAUAGCAAGCAUACCCUGGCGGCGGAUGCGCCAAAACCACAGCUGUCGAAUCAGGACCGUUAUGCCAAGUACGGGGCGCCUGCUAGGCCUGCCACGGAUACCAGAGUCAUCAGACGCGAGCCCGAGCCUGAAAUCAAACGCAAGGACAUUUUGCCUGCUGACGAGGUGGCAGAUCCGGGCGUGGAAGUUGCAGCCUACACCUCAGUUCCUAGCGUGUCUGGGCCCGGGAUGAAUGCUGACUACCGCACGUUCCAGAGUAACAUUGCCCACAAAGAAAACAAGGAUAUCAAUAGCAUUGUACGCCAGCACUACAACCAGCGGACAUAUCAGUCAAAGCUCCAAGGAUCGCGGACUAAAUCGCCCAUUUACAAGAUGCGCAACUUCAACAAUGCCAUCAAGUAUAUGCUCAUAGGCAACUGGGUCAAGCGCAGGGCACCACAAGCCCCGCUCGUGAUCUUGGACAUGUGCUGUGGAAAAGGCGGGGAUCUAAACAAGUGUGAGUUUGCCAGUGUGGACCACUAUGUGGGCAUUGAUAUCAGUGAUGCUUCGGUGCGAGAGGCCUAUUCCAGAUACUCGCAGAACAAAGCAAGAUUCAUUCCUCAGAAUCCUCAGUCAAAGCGCUCCAGAGACUCUCGCCGCUACAACUUCGAGGCGUGCUUUGCUACGGGUGACUUGUUCACGUACUCCGUGCCUGAGAUCUUGGAGAAGAACUUUCCGGGAAUCAUCGAAGGCUUGUUUCCUGUGGACGCAGUAUCCAUGCAAUUCUCGUUUCAUUACGCUUGGGAAAGUGAGUCGAAAGUGCGCCAGGUCCUUACGAACAUCACGAGGUCCUUGCGCCCGGGAGGCACGUUCAUUGGUACAAUCCCGUCAUCAGACUUCAUCCGCAACAAGAUCAUCGAGAAGAAGUGGAUCGCCGAUCGGACCUUUGGCAAUGAUCUAUAUCAUGUCAAGUUCGAGCAAGAGCCACCGGAAGACGGUGUGUUCAGGUCUCCUUAUGGAAACCGCUAUGACUAUUUUUUGAAAGACGCGGUGGACGAUGUUCCGGAGUACGUGGUUCCCUUUGAAACGCUCCGGCUGUUGUGUGAGGACUACGGUCUUAUUCUCAAGUACAGGAAGAACUUCUCGGAGAUCUUCAGCCUGGAAAUCCCAAAAUACUUCAGCAAGUUGAACAAGAAUUUGAUCGAGGGAAUGAAAAGGGCCGACGGAAAAUAUGGCGUUGAAGGCGAUGAGAAGGAGGCCGUGGCAUUUUACAUAGGCUUUGUCUUUGAAAAGGUAGGUGCAUGA